AAGACUUAAAUCCAAGAUCAUGGCAAGACAUUUGAAAUUCAUUGCCAGGACUGUGAUGGUACAGGAUGGCAACGUGGAAAGUGCAUACAGGAGCCUGAACAGAAUCCUCAGCAUGGAUGGGCUCAUUGAAGACAUUAAGCGAAGGAGAUACUAUGAGAAGCCCUGCCGCAAGCGACAGCGGGAAAGCUAUGAGACCUGCCGACGGAUCUACAACAUGGAAAUGGCCAGAAAAAUCAACUUCCUGAUGCGAAAGAAUCGGGCAGAUCCAUGGCAGGGCUGCUAAGGC